GAAAGAGGUCACCUUCGCACUGGAGAGUGGAGAGACGGGCAGCACCCUCCUCGAGCAGCUGCUGCCAAAGUACAGGUCGGCCAAGGACGCCAAAGAGGAGGACACCAUCAAGGCGCUGGAGAUGGUGUGCCCUGAGCUGGCGGAUGCACUCAAACCUGUACCUCCCAAGGCUCCAGAGGUUCUUUUGGAACAACAUGCAGCGUGUCUCCGCCGUCUCCAGUGCCAGCAAGAGAAGCUCAAGAACCAGGUCGUGGCCAACGCCAGGACAGGGAAGGAACUCCUCGUCAAGCUGGAGGAGAACGUCAGAGCGUGCGCCGAAACACAGGCUGAGGUCAACCGCCUCACUAGCCAGACAUCUGCGGCCAAGGGCGCUGGAGUUUCAGCCAUGGGUGCAGGAGAUGGAGGCAAGUCGGCUGCUACUGACGAGUCCCUCAAUUUCCCCGAGCUGGACCCUGAGGAUGUUGCCCUCCUCACGCCCGAGCAACAGACCGCCUACGAGGCAGCGCUGGCCAGGGCCAAGCAGGCGCAGGAGGUGUACAAGAACGCGCAGAGCAUCGGCCAGCAGGCGCAGGACGCGGCCAAGACGCUACGGGAGUUGCGGGAGACAGCCACCCACAAGCGUCGACGUGCCUCUGGUGCUGCAGGGGUUGCGGCUGGGGCCCCUGCAGCUGGCGCCGAAUCGCAGGCCAAGGACGACGAGCAGCCAGCCGAGUCUAACCAGGAUUUCACUGACGUCAAGAACGUGGAGGCGUACAUCCAGCGCACGGCGUCCAUCAAGGAGCUGCAUCGGCUGCUGCAGCUGGCGCGGGCAAGACGUCUGGUGGGUGACAUGUCGUCCCGCCACAAUGCAGAUAGAGUACCAUUUGGCCAGCGGGAUCGUGUCUCGGUCUUCUUCGGGAGCGUCACCAGCUGGAGCCACAAGGUCAAGAAGUUCGUAGAGUCGGCGCCGUACGACCUCAUGGGGAUGGCAGAACACCACUUGUCCCAAGUGCAGUGCCAGGGUGAGGAAAGGCGCCUUCGCAAUUUUGGUUGGAGGUCAGAGGCUACAUGGACAGCUGCUACGGCAACAGGGAGGUCUGAGAGAGGCACGCACGGGGGAACGUGCUGGCUCCGAAGGGCCACCUACGCCACAAGCACUCACCUGACAGGCUCGCUUGGCAAGAGUGUGUUUCAUGAUACCCUUCGGGAUACGACGGUUGUGCUAUGGAGGUUUCACGGGGCCACCUUCGCCUUCAUUGUGUGUUAUCUCGACUGUUCCAUCGGCAUGGCUGGGACCAACUCCAGAAAGAUGCACAACAUCGCCAGGGUCGUCAAGUCACUGGAUGUGCCAUGGUUGCUGGUGGGAGAUUUCAAUGCCACGCCUGCCGAGAUGGCAAAGUCGGGCUGGUUGGACGUGCUUCGGGCUCGCGUCGUGACCCCAGAGGGAGUCGAGGUCUCAUGCACUUCAGGAAAAGGUCGCAUGAUUGACUACGCGGUGGUGCCAGACAGCUUCCGUCCCUUCUUAUCCCACGUGUUGCCAGUGCAGAAUUUGCCGUGGGGCCCUCACAUAGGCCCCAACAUCCUCAUCAGGUCUCGUACCGCAUCGGUCUUCCUCCGUGUACCAGUGCUUCCAGUACCCUUGGUGAUUCCCGAGGGUGAGUCCAGGGUGCCCAAGGGCCUCAAGAGGUUCCAGAGGGACAGGGAGAAGCAUGCGAAGAUCCAGGAGAUGCGCGACGAUAUGCACGUGCUGCAGCAGGGCGGCCUGCUCAACGACGAAGACGACCACCUGCUGGACGACCACUACGUCACCAAGCGGGCCCUGAGGUGCGAGGACCAGGAGUGGAUCCAGUACGCGUAUGAGGCCAGCGAGGAUUUCGGUUACUCCUUCCCCCAGGCCGAGGCAGACGUGCAGAGAAGUGAGGCGUACAGAGCUGCCCCGCAUAUGUCUGAGGUUCUCGCGAGGCAGUAUGGCAUCUGGUCGAUGGCGGCGGAGGCACAGUUGGCAGAUCGUUGUGGGGUUGAACUGCGACAGGGAGCCCGCCGAGGUAUGCCAGUGAAGUAUCAGUGGAGACGUGCAGUUGUUCAGAAGAAUGGUUCGAAUUUCGGCCACUCCAGUGCCAACGCCCUCAGCAGCAGGUGGGCGAGUCUGCACGCCAGGGUGCAGGAGCAGCUGGUGGCGCUAGGUCGUUUUCGUCAUUCGAGAUAUCGGCAGCGUGUUCAAGACAUCGUGACCAGCUUAAUGGGCGAGUUGCGCAGAGAGCAUGACAGACAUGGUCCAGUUCCAGAUGGCCAUGCAGAAGAUAUGAUUGGGAAGUGGCGAAUAUUCAGAGAUGAUGAGCAGGUUCUUCGGCAGGGCGAGCGCAUUCGAGCAUGCACGGACUUCGCAGAGUGGCAGAACUUCGCGCUGAAGGUGCAGGCCCGCUCGAUCCGCCACGCCAGCCUGGCUUGGCAGCAGGCGCGGAGUGAGAUUGGCAGCUGGGUGGUCAAGAGUGCGCAGGGCUCCAUGAAGGGCGCUCACCGCUACCUGAAGAAGAACGAACAGCGCGCCCUGGACGAGACCUGCAUCGACCCCAUCAUUGGCGAGGUAUGUGAUACGGUCCAGGGCACAACUGACGUCAGAGCGGCCUGCUGGGCAGCGCGGUGGACCUCCCAGCCACACCGCCUACCAGCAGUCCGUGUUGUCCUCGGUGCGCUGAGGACCCGUGCCCACGAGGAUUUGGCCGACCGCACCUUCCACACUCGGGAGCAGCUGGUGGCGACACUCAAACCAUUCCCGAAGGGCACGGGCACGGGGCCAGACCAGUGGAAGCCAGCGCACAUCCUGGCCCUCUCGGACCAGGGGCAGGAGUCUCUCGUCACGCUCUUCAGCAUGAUCGAGCGAGGGCUGGCAUGGCCGCACCAGCUGCUGCACAACUGGUUCGCGCUGCUGCCCAAGGGCGAGAAGCAGGAGCUGGGCAACGAGAGGGACAUCGGCCUCCUGCCGAUGCCCGUCAGGAUCUGGGGGCGCCUCACCAAGACCCCCCUGACGGAGUGGUGCGACAAACGGGCUGCGCAUUGGGAUGCCGCGGUGAGAGGCAGCAGCGCGCUCCAGGCCGACCUGCCCACCAUGGUCCUGGACGAGACCUGGGCACGCAUAGGCCUCAACGAGCAGAGCAAUUUUCUGGCCGAUGUUGAGAAGUUUUACGACCAUCUGGAUUUGGCUCAGAUGAUUUUGCAGGCUAUCGAGCCUCAAUUUCCUGCGGUGGAGCUGUACCUCUGCUGCCUGACGUAUCUUUCGCCUCGGACGGUCAAGGCCCAAGGGGCUUACACCGAGCCCAUCGUGCCGAAUUGCUCCAUCGUGCCAGGAUGCGGGAAGGCCAACCAUUGUGCAAGAGUCUUCCUGUACCGACUGUUGGAGAGGGCUCAUGAGAGGGCCCCGCUGGCGCACAUCAGGCAGUACGUCGAUGAUGUACACGCGCGAGUGGAGGGCCCAAGAAAGAUGGUGCUGGACCAGACUAAGACGAUCACUUGCGAGCUGGUGCAGGGCAUGCUGGACCUGGGACUCCGAGUCUCCCCCAAGUCGCUCUUGAUGAUGACGAAUGCGAAGGACGAGGUGAGAGUGCAGCGGCACGUCUUGCAGAGCACGGGCAUCAAGAUCAAGCGAGCCAGCUGGGCCAAGGACCUUGGGGUGGACUGCUCCAUGGGACUCAAGCGUGCGACCGAGACCGCCAAGGGCAGGAUGACCACGGCGCAGGCUCGCGCCACGCGCGCAGCCCUGUUCAGGCGAGUCGGUCGAGGAGGCAUCAGAGCCAAAGGAGUCAUGCUGCACAAUACCAACAUCAAGGCGAAGUUUCGAUAUGCCGAUCCAGUCCUGGGAGUGGCGACGUCUGAUAUGGAGCGCAGGCGUGCCCAAGCGGCAGACUUGGCGGGGCGCGCAGUCGGUGGCAGAUGCACGGCCUCAGUCCUGCUGCUCCACUACCAGGACGGCGAGCCCAAGAUGAGCGUGGUCAAGGAUCAGGUCAAGCAGUGGUUCCAGUUCUGGGAGGCCCAUCCAGAGCUGCGAGAACGAGUUCGACGGGGCUGGCGAGCGGUGCUGAAGCGGCUGAUAUACCUGCGCCCCCGCUCAAGAUGGCGGUGCGUGACGGGCCCGAUGGGGGCUCUCAUCAUGACGCUGCGCGAGCUCGGCUGGACCCCGCGAGCUCCAGACCACUGGCUCGACGACCAGGGGAACGAGUGGAAGCACAUGGGCGAUGCCGCGGGCAGCUACGGCGAGCUGUACGAGGCUCUGUGCUCCUCCGUCAGGCGCGACCUCUGGCAGCAGGCUGGCGAUCAUCCUGCAGGGCAGGGGCUGCGCGAGGGCGGCGACAUGCACAUGCUGCGGGUCAACCUGCGGAGGUGCGAGCUUGGAAAAGACACGAUUGCUCACAGAUUGUACGAGUGUCAGGCGAAUGUCAACAUCGACCAUGCGCAGGCAGGCUUCCUUGACGGCUCCGCCACGUCCAGCGAUGCCCGAGUGCGCCGUGUUGGUUGGGGGGUGUACUUCUGCGUGGAAGGCGAGGCGGAGCUGGACGUGGAAAGAGGGGUCCUCCGCGGGCUGUUCGGAACCAUCGACGGACCCCAGACAGUGCCUGCUAGUGGGCUUGCCGCGUUGGUUUGGGCCCUUAAGGUCACCAAGGGGCCCAUUGAGCUAGCAGAGGCGAAGGGCACGUUGUUCUAA